AUGCCAAACCAACAAAAGAAAGUCAUUUUUUGUAUGGCUGGGGUGUUAAGCUUCGUGUGCGCCCUUGGAGUUGUGACAGCCCUGGGGACACCGUUGUGGAUCAAAGCCACCUUCCUCUGCAAAACAGGGGCUCUGCUCGUCAAUGCCUCUGGGCAGGAGCUGGACAAGUUCAUGGGAGAAAUGCAGUACGGGCUUUUCCACGGAGAGGGUGUGAGGCAGUGCGGGCUGGGAGCGAGGCCCUUUCGGUUCUCACUUUUCCCAGAUUUGCUCAAAGUGAUCCCCUUGAGCAUCCACGUCAACGUCAUUCUCUUCUCCACGAUCCUGGUUGUUUUAACCAUGGUGGGAACGGCCUUCUUCAUGUAUAAUGCUUUUGGCAAGCCCUUUGAAACCCUUCAUGGCCCACUAGGGUUGUAUCUUUUGAGCUUCAUGUCAGUAGCUCUGUGCCUCAGGGCUGUGCAACACCAGCCACAAAGCUCCUGUGGCUGUCUUGUCAUGAUACUGUUUGCCUCUGAAGUGAAAAUCCACCACCUCUCAGAAAAAAUCGCAAAUGAUAAAGAAGGGACUUACGCCUACAAAACGCAAAGUGAAAAAUACACCGCUUCGUUCUGGGUUGUUUUCAUUUGCUUUUUUGUUCAUUUUUUGAAUGGGCUCUUAAUACGACUUGCUGGAUUUCAGUUUCCUUUUGCAAAAUCUAAAGACACGGAGACGACCAAUGUAGCUGCAGAUCUAAUGUACUGA